AUGGAGAACCUGCACCACAGCCAGCAGCAGCAGCCGGCCGCUCCGGCGGCGUCGGCAGCGCCCGCCCCGCAGUACCGGGGCGUGCGGCGGCGGAAGUGGGGCAAGUGGGUGUCGGAGAUCCGGCAGCCGGGCACCAAGGUCCGCGUCUGGCUCGGCAGCUUCGACUCCGCCGAGGCCGCGGCGGUAGCGCACGACGUGGCGGCGCUGUGCCUGCGCGGCCCGCGGGACGCGCAGCUCAACUUCCCGGGGUCCGCGGGCUGGCUGCCCCGCCCCGCCAGCACCGACCCCGCCGACAUCCGCGCCGCCGCGGCGGAGGCGGCCGAGCGCGUGCGCCGCGAGCCGGCGUUGGUCGCCGCCGCCGAGCCCCCGGCGGGCCGGCUCGACGACCUGGCCGUGGGCGGCGAGUUCGGCGACGACAUGGAGUCGUCGCCCCGGCUGUGGACCGAGAUGGCCGAGGCCAUGCUGCUGGACCCGCCCAAGUGGGGCCCCGACGGCAGCGACGGCUCCGAGGGCUCCGGCUCCCAGCAUUGGCCCCAGGGGUCCCUCUGGGACGCAUGCUAG